AUGACCGUUGGUGGCCGCCGCCGUCUGUCUGCUUCUCGGCUGCACUCAGGAGCUCCUGCUAGCUCUGUUAGGCUCAUCGUAUUCGACUGGGACUCUACUUUAGCGGAGCGUUCAGGCAAACUAGACCGAGGUGAGGUCCUGUAUUGGUUGCGACAGCUGCGUAGGGUUACCAAUGCUACUAUCGGUAUCAUGAGCUACAACACCCAGGGCGUUGCGUCUGAUGACUCUCUCAUUCUUUCCGAGCUGAAGUCUAGUGGUAUACUAGGGGAGUAUGUCCACAAAGAGAAUAUUUGGGGUUACCUCAAUCCUUGUCACUGUCGUGAAGAUCUGGAAAUGCACGAAAACAUGCAUCCUAUCUUCUGUGGUGAUAUAACAUCAAAGGCUCGAGCCAUCGGUCGUAUCGGUCGUUAUGCUGGCUUGAAACCUGAGGAAAUUCUCUACGUAGACGACAGCUACAAGCAAAUCGAGCACGCAAAAGCCCUGGGCGUAUGUCACACAUAUCAAGGAGUCUACAAGAACCUGGCUGGGCUUACUGAGGAGGACUGGAAAGCGAUAAUUGCGUUUCUGAAUGAUCCUGCUGUUGGUCAUCAUCACAAGCUUUGGACGGGGUCUUCCAUGGCUCCAGCUAGCACACUUCGCAAUACCGUCCUAGAACGUGCAUCUGGUUUCAGGACGACCAAACCAGUUACUAAUUCGGUAUCCUCCCGUAUUCCUGUAGUGCCUGUGAGAGUAACGGCCUGA